UACUCCUCUCAUCACACCAUCGCAUCAUUCUUCUUCUCCAUACACAACUCCCAUCGUGCUUAGGAUAACUGUUUGUUCUAUAUAUCCUUCCAUGUUGCCUCAUUUGCCUCUACUAAGAUUUCAUCGAGAGAGUGUCUCAGUUCAUCAAUGGCGCCUCAACCAUCUGCGACUCGGUAUGAGAAAGGAGCGGAGUCGCAGUCGGGGAACGGAGCUCAGCCGCCGGUGGUAGUCGACAAGACGCUGUCGAGCGCAGCGAACCUGGUGAAGCUCCUGCCCAGCGGCACCGUCCUGGCCUUCCAAGCACUCUCGCCGCCCUUCUCCAACCGGGGCAUGUGCCACACCUCCAACAAGUAUCUCACCGCGGCCCUGAUACAGCUCUGCGCCGCCGCCUGCGCCGCUCUCUCCUUCACCGACAGCCUCAAGGGCGGCGACGGCAAGCUGUACUACGGGGUGGCGACGCUGCGGGGGAUGUACGUGCUCAACUACGACGGGGAGGAGGGACAGCGGAGCGGGGUGCUGAAGGACCUGAGGAGAUACCGGCUGCGGGUGCUGGACGGCGUGCACGCGCUGUUCGCGGUGGUGGUGUUCCUGACGCUGGCCUUCAGUGACAGCGACGUGCUCAACUGCUUCUUCCCGGAGGCAAGCCCAAACACGAGGCAGCUCCUCGUGAACCUGCCGCUGGGAGCUGCGUUCUUGUCGGGCGUGGUGUUCAUGGUCUUCCCCACCACCCGCAAGGGGAUCGGCUACGCGGACAUGGCGCAUCACCAGUGACUCCAAGGAAACAAAGCGGCCUGAGAUGGCUCCUCAUUGUUACUGUAGUACUACGAUAGGGGAUUUGAAAGGAAAGCUACUGUACACUGGUAACGUAAAAUGGUAACAUCACCUGAGAAUAAGAGCCUAAAACGUGAACGUAUUUUUACCCUUCGUUGAAUUAGAGUCGUCUAAUUAGUAACUUUAACAUUUAAUUGAUCUAUCAAUUG